CCGAAUGAAGUACUUUCUAUUUCAGUUGGCUUAGCCAGGUGGGCGAUGCAGCGACUUGAGUGCCACGUAAAGAAGUACAAAUGGGGAAAGCAAGGCAACGAGAGUGAGGUUGCUCGAUUAUUUGCAGCUGGUCAUAGUAACUUCAAAGUGGACGAGGAUGAGACUUAUGCCGAGGUUGAUAGCAAUUUUUCAUCAUUUUAUUUGUGGAUGGGUACCCAUCCGGAUGGACCCGCCGUUCUGUCGAACUCGUCCACGCGACUAUCAUCAUUCAUUGCAAAAAGUCAUUCGGCUAGUUACUUGUGUAAUAAUAACCUGAAAGAGGAUAUUCAUCUGCCAUUUAUCAUGAAAGUCAUGUCUAUUGCAAGAUCUCUCAGUCUACAAGCGCACCCUACCAAGGAGCAAGCUGCACGACUACAUGAACGAGAUCCCGUUCAUUACCCAGAUAGGCAUCAUAAGCCCGAGCUUGCCUAUGCGCUCACCCAAUUUGAGCUGCUGUGUGGAUUUAGACCAGCUGAGCAAAUCAUUGAAAAUAUAGAAGCAUUCCCGCCUCUACAAGCUAUCAUGGACAGUCAUAACUGUGAUGUUUUGAAGUCGGUGAUAGCAAAGGAAAAGAAUCCGCAGUCUCUGAAAUGUCGACAGGCAUUGGCUGCGUGUUUUGGGUUCGUAUCCAAUUAG